GCGCUGCGCGGGCGGCGGUGACGCGGCGCACGCCACACGCCACAAGAUGGUGGCAGCCGUGGGCUUCUCGUCCUCCCCGGGCUCCGCCGCCGUGAGGGAGCUCUGCCAGAACGGGCGGGAGGUCUUCCUGGAGGCCUCGCGGCUACUUCUCACCUACGCAGACAAUAUCCUCUGGAAUCCUUAUGAAGAAAAAUACAGAUUUAUUCGAAUUGGAAAUCCAGCAUUUUCCACGAGGCUGUUGCCAGUCAGAGGAGCGGUUGAGUGUCUAUUUGAGAUGGGAUUUGAAGAAGGCGAGACUCACCUGGUUUUCCCAAAGGAAGCUUCAAUUAAACAGCUACGUAAAAUCAGAGAUUUAAUUGCUGGAGAAAGGAGUAGCAGACUGAAUGAGUCAAAUCAGAUCUGUGCGUCAGGAUCCUCUGAAACUGUGACCAGCACUCAGACGGUUGAACAGCAGCCUUCAAAACCUGCUGAGUCUGUUCUUGCCCUUAGCAGUCAGCAACCAGAAACGUCACUUGUGCAGUCUCUGGAAAUGGCUGCAAAUAUCUUGAAAACACUUCAAACAAAAUUUGAGCAUCUUGUAUUGAUGCAUGAGAAUCCUGCCAUUCAGCAGAAAGCACUAGCUUCAAUUCCCCUCCAGCAACUGAAAGGGAAGGCUCAGCAAAAACUGGCACGAGCUAUGGGACUGGACAAAGGUGCACAUGUAAAUGAAGAGGACUUCUUAUUGUUGGAGCUCUUAGAGUGGUUUAAGAGUGACUUCUUUCAAUGGGUAGAUAAUCUUCGUUGCAGGAGGUGCGGUGGGCAGACAGAGCCUAAAAGUGACUACUUGUUGCCUACUGAUGAUGAACUACGAUGGAAUGCCAGUCAGGUGGAAAAUCAUUACUGUAACCAGUGUCAGCUCUGUAAUAGAUUCCCAAGAUAUAACAACCCCGAGAAGCUCCUGGAAACCAGACGUGGACGCUGUGGGGAGUGGGCUAACUGUUUUACACUAUGUUGCAGAGCUGUUGGGUUUGAAGCUAGAUACAUCUGGGACUGUACAGAUCAUUUGUGGACUGAAGUAUAUUCUUCAUCUCAGAAGAGAUGGCUUCACUGCGAUCCCUGUGAAAAUGUCUGUGAUAAACCUCUUCUCUAUGAAACUGGGUGGGGAAAGAAGCUCUCCUACAUAAUUGCGUUCUCUAAAGAUGAGGUUGUUGAUGUCACCUGGAGAUACAGCUGUAAACAUGAAGAAGUAGUCUCUAGAAGGAAAGCACUCAGUGAGGCUACACUACGUGAAACUAUCAAUGCACUAAAUAAAAAGAGACAACGAUCUUUGACAGAAAACAGGAAGAGAGAGCUCUUAGAAAGAAGCAUUGUGGAGCUUGUGGAAUUUAUUUCUCCUAAAACACCAAAACCUGGAGAAUAUGGUGGAAGAACGUCGGGUUCAAUGGCUUGGCGGGUAGCCAGAGGUGAAAUUGGUUCAGAGAAAAGAAAGGAAGUAAUUUUUAUUCCUUCCGAAAAAGAGAGGACGUCUAAACUCUUCCACCUCACCUACAAUAUAGUAGAAGAUAGCUAUACUCGGGUGUCCAAUAAUAAUGAGCCAAUAAGCGGCUGGGAAGCAGGCGUUUGGAAGGCGGAGUCUAUCUGGCGGAAGAUUGAAACAGAUUGGAAAAUAGUGUAUUUAGCCCGAAAAGAAGGGUCGUCCUCUGCUUCCAUCAGCUGGAAGUUUGAGUGCAAGUCAGUCGGUCUAAAAAUAGAUAAUGUUUCAGUUAGGACAAGCAGUCAGACAUUUCAGAGUGGACGAAUAAAGUGGAAACUUUGCUCUCCAACUGCAGAAAUUGCUCUGACAGGAGAUAAAAACCUUUGCUCCUACUCGGAUUUUUCUGGUGCAACAGAAGUUACGUUGGAAGCAACUCUAAAUGGAGGGGAUGGUGAAGUUGCAUGGCAACACACACAGUUGUUUCGAGAGAGCUUAACAGGAUGUGGAGAAAAUUGCUUGGAGAUAAUUGUAAACCUCAGUGACCUCUGAGAACCUGAACUGAGGACAUGCACUUUGGAUUCCUUGAAGAUGUCGUACCAUGGAUAGAACAUGAUGAUUUGGUUGGUAGUUCCUGUUCAUCCUGCUGGCAGCUUAUUUUCUGUGUCAUUGCUUCUAUUCAAUCAUUGAAACUGCACGUGUAUUGAAUAGAUAAAAAUCACAAUGAAAGCCUCUCCACUUUAAAAGCAGUCACCAAAAUUAAGGGAUUGAACCAUUAAAUACUGUUUUCUUCAGUAGUGGGAAUUAUGUAUUCCCAUCAGUAUUAUGAUGAAAAGGAAACAGGUCUUAGCAAAACGUGAUCGUAAGUGCACAGAGCAAUUGUAAGUGCGUUUAAUUGGGAGUUGCAGGGUUGGCUUGCUGAGGUUAUUUUAUGAUCUUGAAAAAACGGCUUUAAUUCAGUUCUCCAAUUACAACAGAGCUCGUGAUUUUCAAAUGGUUUCAAGAAAACUUAGAUAUUUUAAAAGAGAAAUAUGGUUUUAUGUGAUAACCAGGAAAGCUGAAAUUAAGAUAAGUUUGGAAGCAAACUUGAAAUUACCUUCUUAUAUAGACAAAUAUUGAACUUGCAAAUGUUUGGAAAUGAGAUGAUCUGCUAGGAAAAGAAUUAUGAAAGAGGUGUUCAUAAUGUACUUGAAUUUGUCAUAGCUUAUGUUAUGAAAUUGAGCCUUUAAACUCAGUAAGAACAUCAGAUUUCUUUUCUAACAAAAAAAAGGUAAUUCAUUAUAAAUAUUUUUAAUGGUAUGAAUUCAGAUUCGCCCCCCUUUUAAAAGAUUUAUUAUAAGUAGGUUGAAAUCACUUUUUAAGCUAAUGAGUUCCAUUGAAUGCUAUUCCCAAUUUUCAUACUAAAGUGUAGACAAUUUUUCUGUUCAUUAAUACAGUGUUUGAAUUUCUUUUCAUUCACUGUAAUAAACUGCCACUCAGGAAAUACCAGAUGUGGCAGUAUUGUGGAUAAAGUGUGGAGUGGAUGUUCAGAUUGGAUAGUCUUUAUCAGAGAACUUGAGGAAGACCAUAGGGACUAUCACUCAAAAGUUUAAACUGUAGUCUUACCUUUAAGUGAAAAUUGGAGUUUAUCUUCUCAAAAUCAGUGUUUUUAAAGCUUUCAAUUCCUUUUUCAGACCAUUCCCACUACUGUAUCAAUUUGAAAUUGUUGUUAAAAAGAAGUGCAUUGAAAUAAAUGCUUGCUGACCUUUCACCAAAUCUGAGCAUAUAUCGUAGUGGAGAUUUUAUUAGGAAACUGUGUAAGCACAGUGACAGUAGACAUCAACAUUAUGCCACAGACAUCUUAAAAAGUAGUAGACUAUGGCAGCUCAGGAGUGACAGAAUGAUGUAUGAUAGUGUUUUGUUUUUCUUUGCUUUAAAACGAAAAUGGAUAGUUUGAAGAGGGUUAGAGAGAGUCUUAUGCUUUUACUACAGAACAGCAUAGUGAGAGGGAACUGAAAGGAGGGGUGUUUGCUGACACCUGACUAAUGCAAAGUGUAUUUGCCAGUCUGCACUUGAAAUGCCUCAUUUACUUAGCUUCACCUAAAUGCUAUUUCUGAGAUUCUAAGGGGGAACACAACACAAAGCUGUAUUAAACUGAUAUGUGUUAGGUUGGAAGGAAAAAAGACAAAAGAACAAUACUCGCUAACACCAGUCAAGAAAUGUCUCAAUAAUUCUGAUAGCUGAAGAGAUACCACUUUAAGACAAAUCAUAUCUUGCAUUGUAUUACUUAAAAUAGUGGACUACUAGGGAUUGCCAAACCGAUAAUUUGAAAGCAGAAGGCAGAAUAAAUUUCCAAGUAGUAAGAUAAAAGUAAUUUUCUUACAAUUUCUCUGUUGCUCUACUUCAGUGCAACCUUAUUAUAUGUUUAUUCAUUUUUUUAAUCAAUAGUUGCUUAAUUCUUAACAUGGAUUUGAAAUGUGGUGGAAAGAUCUGUGCUGUAAUGUGUUCUAAAAGUGUGGGUAUUAAGUUAUGGUGGCAAUGAUACGAUGCCAUUUGACUUGCAGCCAAUACUGAUCUGGGCAUAUGUAGCUAAAAGUGCUUGCUGAGCUUCUUGUAUAUUUAAGGAAGAGGAGGUUAAACGGGGAAACUAAAAAGGCAUUACCUGGAAAUGUAUGGUCUAAUGUUAAUGUAAGUAAAACCAGCAGUGUUUUCUUGAAUUCAGUUUAGUCUGACGGUGUUUAAUAAACUACCGUUUUGCCAUGGGCAUCUUCCAGAGUUGUACUGAGAUGUGGCAUCUUUUCCAUCACAUUUUAUACAAAUACUAUGCUAUUCAGUUUAUGCUUGCAAACUAAUUUUAGGCUGAGUCUUUUCCAAAAGAACUACGUGAGAGCCUGUGCACAGAACUCCUCCUUUCAAACAACGUUUGUUGUACUGCUCUGUUGUUGCUCUGCAGUUGACCAUACAGCUGUUCAUUUCUUCAUAUGCUGUUUGCACUCUGAAUAUUGCAUGCAGAAUAGCAAUCAUUAGUGGCAACCCAGAAAAUUGUAGUAAUAAUUUGCUACACCCCAGGAAGUUGCUGGGGAAAAUGUGUAUUUAAAACGUGAAAUAGGUCCCUUGUAGGCAGUGUAGAGAGAAAGCAGCAGUAUGCAGGGAUCUAGCCAACUUCAGUAUAAAUUGUAUACUUGUGCGGAGGAGUAGGUAGUGAGAAUUAGCUCUUUUGAUCCUUUGUCAUUGAUUAUCUGUCACCUUUACUCAUUGCUUUUACUUCAAUCCAUGAAAGAUUUUUCAUAUAUAGUGGCUUAGAUGUGAGAUCUAAUCCCUGUUAUGUGCAGAACUCUAAAACCAAAUUGUGCUUGUCUCCAUAGCAGAGUGGAAAGAAAACAGAUGUUAGGAAGCACAUAUGGCUGCCAGAAGCUGGAAACACCCAUUUGCAGAGUUCUUACAGUUUAAACCAAGCCAAAACAAAGAAGCUAAAAGGGUGGAUUGUACCAGGCAGAUAUCAGGAUAUCUGUCCUAUUCAUGCCCAUGUUCCCCAUCUCUUUUGGUUACUUAAGCUAGAAAUGGACCUGUACUACCAGUUAAGAAUUCUAUGCUUCUUAGUAUUUGUAAGACAGACACCAUUUAAAGUAAAUCUCUGAAUUCCACCAUAGCUUCAAACUUCUGGACUUAGAACACUGGCAAAAUCUUACAGUUUAUCCAUAAGCAAUUCAACAACUUCAAACAAAGAACUGUCAGUGUUGGCAGAACUUCUGUAUCAUUGCUUCAUACCAUAUGGAGAAUCAGAAGCAAAUUGCAGAUAAGUGAUUUCCUUAAAUGCAGUUGAUGGAAUAGACCUAGGUCCUAUGUAUACUUUGAAGAUGGUUUUUAAAUUUAUCCAACUUUAUUUGCAGUAGUUCAGCUUAAAAACCCUUUAAGGUUUUUUUUUAAUGGGUUACUAUUGUUACCAGCAGUGUUUUAUAUCUUGGAUCUUAUGGCCUCUCUAAACAGUAGUCAGUGAUAACAGCUUGCUGGUCGUUUUCAGUGUAGAAUGUAAUAGCACUAAUAUCUGGGAUAAGAUUCUGUGCUUUAUGCUAAUCUGGAAUAUUUAACCCAUGCAGAAGGGUAGUAAAGUAUCUUUAGUGGUUUGAUACAGAUUUUUUUCUUCUCCAAAAUUAUUAAUUUCAGGAGCAGAAUUUUAAGACCUUUCUGUCCUAUAAUAUGUUGCUUGUGUGACAAAUUAUGCAAAGCUAAUAAUCUGUGUGAAUUUUGAUAUCCAGGCGAUGAUUUUUAAUAGCUAUGGAAACUGUUUAUUAACAUUAAAACUCACCAGGAAACUUAUUCACAGGUUCAAAAUGCACAGGUUGGAAAAUUUAUACAGGAAGGGCACAGGCAAAACCAGAGCACUUAUUUCUUGAAGUGGCAAAGACAAAUAUUAUACUGGAAGAGGCUUUUAAGCAUUUACUCACAAAAUUAUUAUUACCUGACUUGCAGGGCUAGCCACAGUACCAGACUGUGCCCAAAUGCAUUCAGAGGACUCUGUCUUGACAGCCGCUGAGACUUGAUUCCCAGGCUUCUGGGGACAGGAGGCAGACAAUCUCUGACCUUGUCUCCUGGCUCCUCUGCACAAUCUGUGUAUCUCCAGGACUUUGCAGUAGACUUUUAGGAGCAGGCAGGAUGCCUGCCAUGUGCAGUCUCCACACAAUGUCACGCUGGCUAUGCAGGCUGACCGUGUGCAGGCAUUUAGAGCCUAUUUCUGGUAAGCUCUCCAGGCAAAUUCAGGAUGCAAAAAAGAGGCAGCAGCAGCCUCGUGCUACCUGCUUAUCCCUUUUAUCAAUAUCCAGCCCGAGACUAAUGGGGCAUUGGACAUAGAUUAGCCAAUCAGAAUGGCACUUUGCCAAGCCUCACCAUAUUAGGUGAGGCCAGGGCUUUCACCCUUCCCUCCCACGGUUGUUUUCCACAGCACAGGAGGAGCCUGGGAACAUGUCUGGGCAAGCCAGGGCGUGGAUAAGCCCAUGUUUGCCCUACCAGGCCUACCACCACAGCUUGGGAGUGACCAAGUUAUAAGCCAAGGUCAAGCAGCCUCAAGUAUCUGUAUUUUAGGCAUACGGAUGUUGCGAAAUGUGUAAGGUCUAAACAUGCCUGCCUGUCUGAAUAGGAGAACAGGUUCUUUUCCUUUGCUUAUGUUUUUAUGUUUAUUCAUGGUCUUUGCUUUUCUUAUGGUAAAUUUUGUAGUUAGACUAUUGGCUUUGCGAUUAGGCUGCUUCAAUUUCUAUAGCUUUCUGACAUGUUUCUGUCUCGUUUCAAAUACACUUCAGUUUGCUUUUAUAUAGAGGAUUGCCACUUUAUGGUAAAGGAACUGUGACAAAAAAUAAGUUACUUUGUAAGAGGAGACAAAAGAGGAAAAAAAUACUCAGGUAUAGGAAAAGGGCAUCACAAUAGUAAUCAGAAUUGAUGACACCCAGAAAACAAGAAAAAAAAGUGCCAGGACUUAAAGAAUUUAACAAGGAAAGAAAAUUUAGUACGGUACAUAAAUUAGUGCUGGCAAAAGUAACUUCCAUAACUGACGCUCUUCUUGAGGUGCUUUUGUAUGUACUUGUUUAUGUUUAGGUCACUGAAAAUUUUCUAUGAAAGACAAAUGCUUAAAAUAUUGAAUAGCUGUUUUUGAAGAGCAACCCAAGAUGUAAGAAAUACUCAUUUUUAAACACUUGUUACUUUUACCUGCUGCUUGAUAUUUGUUACCACUUUCUUCAUUCUAGUGAAUAAUGCAGGUCUUUGAGUUUGGGAUAAAUGUGUUUAGUGAUAUAUUGUACCAAGAUUUUUAAAAGCACACCGAUGAUGAGGUUUUACUGUGGCAUUGAGCACCUACAGAGACUUUAGGGGUGACUGACUACCUGUGGUCUUCUGUUAGAGAUCUCUAAGAUCACUUGAGAAUGUAUUUUGGUUAUAGUGUUCCAGUGUAUGUUAAUUUGAUCCUUUUAUUACAUUAAUGCUACAUACUACUUCAUGUCCGUGAAACUUAAGUAACAUGCAAUGUAUGUCUCCCAUGUCCUUGAAAUCCCGUGGGAACGUCUCCACCACCCCACUCCCCUGGAAAUCAUCAGCUAACGGCUUACCUCUCUCACUAUUGAGAGGAAGUAACAAAGUUAUCUUAGAUAAGUACUUCAGAGAACAGUGUGCAGGCUUCCCUGUGAAACAGUCCUAAGGAAACCAAUUGACUCAGGAAAACGAAGACGUCCUUCCCUCUGCAUGGCCAUUGUGAUAAGGACAGAAGGUAAUGUAAUCUAGAUGUGUCCAUGCUUGAAUUAUGUAAAAUAAAAGUAAUGCACUUAAACUGCAGCAGUUUUCACUUGUAGCCAAAGCAGCAGGAAAAUAUAUGGGUAGAAGAGGCUACGGUCAGGUUAAUGGGGCUGGUUAGUUUGAGGAAGAGGAGGCUGAGGAGAGACCUCUUUGCUGUCUACGUAUACCCAAAAGGCUGUUGCAGAGAGGCUCCUGCUGGUCUCUUCUCACAGAUAAAUAGUGACAGACAAGAGGAGUGGCCUCAAGCUGCAACUGGGUAGGUUUAGAAUGCACAUUAGGAAACAUUUUUUCCCAGCAAGAGUGGUCAGGCACUGGAAUGGGCUGCCCAGGGAGGUGGUGGAGUCGCCAAACCUGAAUGUGUUUAAAAGUGGUUUGGAUGUGGUGCUUAGGGAUAUGGUUUAGGAUGAACUUUGUAGAGUAGGGAUGUGGGUUGGACUUGGUGAUCCUGAGGGACUUUUCCAACCGGAAAUCCUAUGGUUCUGACAAAUGUUAGAUUUGCAUCAUCUGGGGAGGUUGUUUUGCAAACUAAGCGAAUUGUUUGAUUUUUAAUAAAUACUUUUUGAAAGGAAGUGCUGUUGUUAGGUAGUGUUCCAAAGGCAAACAGCGCCUUAAGCUCUUGUACAAGCAUCAGAGCUAUGUAGGAACUGCCUUUGUCAGACUUCAAAAUCAGUCUUUGAUAAUGAUUAUUUUUAGAUCAAAUCCAUUUGACUUUUUUAGGAAGGGUGAAAAAACAGGGUUCACAUUCAGUGCAACAGACAGACACUUUCUUGACUCUCUGCUGUCUCUAGCUAUGCUCUGUAGCUUCUUAGCUUUGUUUCAGGUUUUUAAGGCUCACAAGUAAUUAAUUUUUCUACACUGGUUAUGUGCUGAAAAAGAACUGAUGAAUGGCAGAAAGUGUGAGGAAAUGGACACAGGAAAAUGUAGCUGUGUUUCUAGCUUACAGAAAGAACAUUCAUGGUGGGAAACGGGCAUUCCAGAGCAGUGAGCACCUGCCAGAGUCAGUUUAUCUUUUUUAAGCUUUGUGUUGAGUUGACUUCACCUACAGGGCUGGCUGCUGGUCACGGAAGGAAACUUGCGAACGUUCGGUGAAGUCCAUCUGUGAACAGGAGCGGAAAAGAGGUAUUCUAGUAGAAGAGUGGCUGAAAGACUGUGGAUGUGGGAAAGGAGAGAAGGAAACAGUUUGU